UGAGCUCCUCCCUCCUCUCUUUUCCAAAUCCCGAUGCUUUGAUUUACUACUGAUUUUUUUCAUCAGAAAGCGCUAAUUAUGGUUUAACUCCGCUAUAAACAUCUUGUCCCGCCCCGCUAUUUUAAUUUCAAUCCAACUUGAAACUUAAAGCAGGCUAGCGCAACACUCGACACGCAGCGUCGUCCUCUCGGCCACUUUCACCAGCACCCACCAGCAGCAUAGCUUCCUCUUUUUCCAUAGAUGGAAUCAUGGAAGCUCAACCUCUCUCACUUGCAGUGCACCCACCACCAAUCCACCACCGCCACUGUCCUCUCUCCCUUUGGGUCACUUCUCUGUUCCCUCCACCAUUUUCCCCAUCAGCUCUGCAAGCUGCGUGCUGACGCGGUCGAACCUUUCCUUGUUUGGAGGCUUUCUCUCCACCAGCGCAAGCUCGACACACACCAGUGUCUAUGAAGGAUAGCCUUGCCCUUGUGUGCUUUGCAGGGACUAGUGUCCAAAUCCUAAUCCUAAUGCUUUGAUUUGCUACUGAUUUUUGCAUCAAAUAAAAAACGCUAACUAUGGCUUAGCUCCGCUUUUGAUUUUAACUUAGCUGAAACUGAAACCAUGCUAGCGCAACACUCGACACGUAGCGUCGUCCUCUCGGUCACUUCCUUCCACCACCACGCACCAGCAGCGGAACUUCCUCUUUUUCCAUAGAUGGAAGCUCAACUUUUCUCUCUUGCGGAGGCUUUCUCUCGACCAGCGCAAGCUCGACACGAGCGUCUCCCUACGCCAUGUAGGGGUGUCAGGGCAUCACUUGUGUGUCUCCCUGCCAGGAGGAACCGCACAGAACAAUGUGAUUUGACUCACAUAUAGGCACAGGAGCAUCUAGGCGGGCGUGCAAGGUUCAGCACGCAGCAUUUAACGUUGAGGCCCGAAGCCAUUGCUGUGCUUGUGCUCUGCCCCCCUUUCUUUCUCUCCCAAAACCAACCGAGGUAGAGUGAGGGAAAGAGGAAGAAGCAUUUGCUGCUCUCCACCGUGCUUCCACCACCACCACCACCACCAAGAGAAAGAGGAAGAAGCAUUUGCUGCUCUCCACCGUGAUUCCACCACCACCACCACCAAGAGAAAGAGGAAGAAGCAUUUGCUCCUCUGCGCCGUGCUUCCACCACCAGCAGCCCCGUCGUCCUCUCUACCUCUCGCUUCUUCCAUCACCACCACCUCAGCUCAAGCCAUGGCAUCCUUGGCCAACCUCCUCAUCUCACUUUUCUCGCUCACCCUCAUGCUCCUGCAUGCUCCUGCACCUGCGUUAUGCAACGACCUAGGUGCAGGCCUCUCUCCAGGCCAUCACACAUACAUUGUGCUGCUGAGGCCACCCGUCGAAGCCGGCAGCGACGACGACCACCGCUGGUGGCAGGAUUCCUUCCUGCCAACGCCUCUCGCCGGCUCCGAUGAGCCACGCCUCAUCCAUACCUACACUGAGGUCUUCACGGGGUUUGCCGUGAGGCUCACCGAAGACGACCUCGCCAUGGUGUCCCAGAGGAAGGAGUUUCUGCGGGCGUUUCCAGACCAUCUCUGGCGCCCCAGCACCACUCACACUCCGAAGUUCCUCGGACUGGAGAAAGAUGCCGGGCUGUGGAAGGACACCAACUAUGGCCAAGGAGUCAUAAUCGGGGUCCUGGACACCGGCAUAUACGCAGAGCACCCUUCCUUUGAUGACAGUGGCAUCCCGCCACCCCCAUCAAAGUGGAAGGGCUCAUGCCAUGGCGCUGCACGCUGCAACAACAAAUUAAUAGGUGCCAAAUUCCGUAAUCCCAGAGCAUAUGAUUCCGGAGAUGACACAGGGCAUGGAACACAUACCUCGUCCACCGCAGCUGGGAACUUUGUCAGUCAUGCCUCAGCCCAUGGCCUCGGCAGGGGCACAGCUGCCGGAAUUGCUCCACAUGCACACUUGGCCAUGUACAGGGUCUGCAUCAUUCUUGGGUGUGCAUCCUCGGACAUAGUUGCCGGGUUAGAUGAAGCCGUCAAGGAUGGUGUUGAUGUGCUUUCACUCUCCCUCGGCCCCUUUUUUGAUGUCAACUUCACUGAUGACCCGGUUGCCAUUGGCACAUUCAAUGCGGUAGCAAAGGGUGUUGUUGUCGUGGCUGCAGCUGGUAACAACGGGCCAAGGUCCUUUAUUGCCAACUCUGCACCAUGGUUGCUCACAGUUGCAGCUGGCUCGGUGGACCGAAGCUUCCAGACCGUUGUGCAGCUUGGCAAUGGCGAUCACAUCAGUGGGGAAGCUUUCAAUCAGACUGCGAACUCAAGCUCCAGCUCUGUUCCUCUGUAUUGGAACAAACACUGCAAGUCAUCAUUGGCUGGAAGAAAUGUGGCUGGCAAAAUUGUGAUUUGCCAUAACACAGGACCAAUGAAUGACACAGGGUCAGCAAUCAACCAGUCUGACAUCAGUGGCAUCAUGAGUGCCGGGGCGGCUGGCAUAGUCCUGAUCAACAGGAAAGAUGCUGGCUUCACCACCCUUCUGGAGGACUAUGGCAGUAAUGUUGUGCAAGUGACUGUGGCUGAUGGCAAGAAAAUCACAGAGUAUGUGAGGACAACAAGCAAAGCCAGUGCCAAUGUUAUAUACAAGAACACUUUACUUGGUGUCCAUCCAUCUCCCACCGUCGCAGCAUUCUCAUCCCGCGGUCCCAGCACAUACAGCCCCGGUGUGCUAAAGCCAGAUAUAUUAGCACCCGGGCUCAACAUCAUUGCUGCAUGGCCACCGCUCACCAUUCUUGGAUCUGGGCCAUUCAACAUUAGAUCAGGGACAUCCAUGUCGACUCCACAUGUCAGUGGAAUCGCUGCGCUUGUCAAGAGCUCCCAUCCUGAUUGGUCUGCUGCUGCUAUCAAGUCAGCCAUCCUCACCACAGCUGACAUCACGGACAGCGCUGGUGGCCCGAUCUUGGACGAGCAGCAUCAGAGGGCAACCGCGUAUGCCAUGGGUGCUGGCCAUGCCAAUCCUAUAAAAGCUAUUGAUCCGGGCCUUGUGUAUGACCUUAGCAUCACUGAGUAUGCUGGCUACAUAUGUGCUCUCCUCGGUGAUCAGGGCUUGGCAACCAUUGCGCGUGACCCGACAUUGUCCUGCAAAAUGCUUCCCAAGAUACCAGAGGCACAGUUGAACUACCCAUCCAUAACAGUGCCACUCAGGACGAGGCCAUUCACGGUGAACAGAACCGUGACAAAUGUGGGGCCAAUAAAUUCAGUAUACACACUGAAGAUGGAGGUUCCCAAGUCUCUGAGAGUGCGAGUCUACCCAGAGACGCUGGUGUUCUCCAAGGUUGGACAAAAGAAAACAUUCAGCAUUACGUUCCUUUCAAUGCUUAGGUUCAGUUGGGCACUAAUGACUAUUUCGGGUGCUUUGGAAUUAGAUUAUGAUGAUAUUAAGGUCAUCAUCAAUCUACAUGAGCAAAGGAGAGAUAGUGGCCGCAGCGUUGCCGCUGGACGGUGCACACUGGAGCUGGAGUAUGCAGCCACGACAGAGCUGCUCCGACAUCACUGUAGGUUGAUGUUCUCUAUCACUCCUGAACACCUUGAACUGUCCUCUAAUUGAUCUAGAGAUUUCUGGGACCUAAAAUGCUCUUGUGUGCUGAGACAAAAUCCCCAAAUUGAUCCUCUAAUUCAAAGGACAGUGAUUUCUGGGACCUAAAAUGCUCUUGUGUGCUGAGAAAAAUCCCGAACUCUCGCCUUUAAACCCAGCAUUUAUAUUAGGCCUAAAUCCAUAAUUUAUACUGAUGUUUAAAUCAAAUUCCCACCUCAAUGGUUUCUGCUAUAAAACUGAGGUGAUGGUGCUGUUAUGUCCUAAGUAUUUUGUGCCUUAAACCAUUUCACUAUUUUCUUCAUGUCGCCAGCUUUCCGUUAAUGAAACCAUUGUGGUGACAUGGGAUUUGUGCUUGUAUGUGAGAAAAAAAAUAUGAUGGCAUGAAGAAAAACACCUUUGUUUGAUGCAAUUGCUCUUUUUUGUUCUUGCUUGCUGGCUUUGUCUCUACUCUGGAUGCAACUGCUUUCUCUUUAGGAAUGCUUCUCAGCUCCUCCCCCUCCACGACAGCCAGCAUUGGUGGUCUCUCAGUUUUUUUAUGGGGAAAGAGAAGUGGAGACAGUGGGAAGGGGGGAACUACUGCCAGGUGAAUAACUUGGAACCCCAUUGUCACUGUUAUAUCUUCUUCUAUUCUUAUCUUUCCUCCUCAAGCAAGUAUACCCAUUUUUUUUCUCCCGAAAAGAGGGUAAAAUCCCCCAUCAUCCAUUGAAGCAAGUGAACCCAUACCUUGGUCUAGAUGAUCCUUUUGAUUCAUUGGUUAAGCUACCAUGCUUACCUAUGUUUUCAAGGCGCCCAGGCGCUUUAAGGCGCUGGGGGGGCGCCUCAACGCCUAGGCGCUCAAAGCGCGAGGCGAGGCGACGCCUUAGACACUUAUUAUUAGGCGGUAGGGGUACUAAUAUGGCGGAGGAGCUUGGCUGGAGAGGGGGAGGACCGGCGGAGAUGGAUCUUGGCCGGAGAGGGGAAGGGCCUGUGGAGGAGGAGCUUGGCCGGACAGGGGGAGGCCGGCGGAGGAGUAGCGGAUCUGGGCCGGCGGCGUGAGAGGAGAGAGCUCCUCUCUCUUUUCCCCUCGAUUUGGAGUCACGGGUGUGUUCCCCUCUCUCUCCUGCCUCUGUUUACCCCCUCUCUCCCGCCCAAUUUCUCUUCCCUCCCGCCAAUUCCUCUUUCUGGCGCGCGCCAGCUGCUGGUUCCCGCUCAACCUGCCCACGCAUGUCCAGGGCGUCCAAAAUCAACUAAAGCGGCGCCUUAUCCGCCUAGGCGACGCCUUGGACGCCUCAACAGCAGAAGGCGGACGCCUUAGACAGAAAACUAAGGCGACGACGACGCCUUGACGUCCCCGAGCGCUCUGACGCCUAAGUGUCGCCUAGGCGACGCCUAGGCGACGCCUUGAAAACAUAGAUGCUUACACUAUUUGAGCCCCCUUGUAUGUUUACAAAAACGAUUCGUUCCGUUGCUUUCUUUCAGAUAUCUACUGUAUUCAGUAAGAUGAUUUGACCUUACCUGAAAACUGGAUUCAUGAAGAAGCCCAAAAAGUGCCGGGCUUAGUGCAACCCAGUUCCUAGCCAGUGUGGGGUUGUGCCAUGGAUAUUUGGAGUUGGAUGGGAGUGGUAACCCAUGAUGCAUUUCAGAUUUCACUAUUGUGGUAACUAUUUGGGGAAGAUUUAAAAUGGCUCCCUUCUUUGUGGGCCAAUGUGUGGUUACCACACGACUAACUAUGAUUAGGCAGUCUUUUCUCUUCCCUUCCCGCAAAAAAAAGUCUAUCUUCACAAUCUGGACAUGUUGGAGACCAUUAUUUCUCCUCUGCCAUAGUUUGCUGCUGCCAUGUUAACUGAGAGUUGGUAGCCAAUAUCAAGUGAUUUGGAAAUUUUGUUGGUCUGAACCAUAAAUGUGAUGAUUUAUCACAAUUGUCAUGUGAUCACGAUUUUGUUGAUCACAUUACAUCUAUGCUCUGUUUGUUUGUUUGUUUGUUUGUUUGUUUGUUUGUUUGUUUGUUUCAUCACAAUUGUCAUGUGAUGAUUCCUGCCCUUUUGUGUGGUCUCUCUCUCUCUCUCUCUCUCUCUCUGUGUCGCAUGUUAAAUCCCCCAAAUUCGAUGGAUGCCUGCUCUUCCUGCCACACUGACAUCAAUUUUUAAAAUUUAUUUGACAAUUCUGCACCAAAUUCCUCUCCUAUCUCGCAUCGGAUUUCAGUGGAACGGGCGAAGAAAAUCGACCGCGCGACACGGCCACCCGAUGUUGGUGAACGGCGAAUGACCUUGCUGUCAAGAUGGCAUUGGAUGUGCAUGAAUUGGGCAUCUGGUUCAGCUAUGUUAGGUUGAUACCUUCUGUGCAGAAGGGAUGGCACUGUUAAUUUUCUCCCUUUGGUUAUUCUGUUGUCCUACAAGGCUAGCUUGAUGUACAUGGCUGGAUAUGCAAUUGGCCUGGGAUGCAAGGUUUUUAUGCUCGUAGGCUCACAUGAUGUACUGAUGGUAACAUUGUAUAUUUUAGGUAUAAGGAGGGUUUCUUGGCUGCAUUGCCUCCUUCUCGUACCAGCCAGUUAUUUGCUGCAUUUUCAUGUCAAAUUUAAGCAAUUGAUAGUUCAUACAUAUUGUUUUGAUUAUCACGCUGGAUACAAUUGAGUUUAAUUUCUCACAAAUGAUACGAGUUUCUGUUGGUGGUGGCUCGAGCGAUGCAGGACAUCGGUGAGUACAGCGGCGUCUACAGCUGGUGGGAGCGGCGGUCAAGAUCAUGGGCAUGGCUUGGGGAGUGGUGCUUGUGUCGACCAGUGAGGGGCGCAUCUGCUACCAACAUGCCAAGGAUCAGUAGGCGUGACUGAUGAUGCAGAGCCAUUCCUGGGGUCUCGACGAUUUGGGAGUUUGAGGUUAUCAUUGAUUAGGUACCCUGGAGAGCUGCAAGCUGCUUGUCUUGUUUCGAAUCAUGUUCCUGCUGUUUUAUCUUUAUCCCCGCGGAGAGUGCAUUAUGUGGGUAGUGUAAUCAUCAUGCUCUCUGAGGACAUGUAUAGAGUUGCAACUCUAUUUCUUGAAAAUUAACCUUGUAAAUUCCUGUUUCCUUAGAACUGUUCCUGUAAAUUGACCCUGUAAAUUCCUAUUUUCUUAGAACUGGUCCUGUAGAGUCGCAUCUUUGUUCUCUUGAAAAUUGACCAUGUAAAUUCCUAUUUUCCUAGAACUGAUCCUGUAAAUUCUUCCCUGUAUUUUAAUGAA